AUGUCGACAUUUGUGGGCGGCAAGCUGAAGCUCAAGGGCGGCGUGGAUGUGUCGCAGCUCAAGGGCGGCGUCAAGAAGAAGAAGAAGAAGUCGGCGGCGGCGGCGGAUGCACAGGCGAUAGUGCCCGCCGAUGGCGACCAGCAGGCGCAGCAGGAUGCGGCCACAGCGGGCGGCGAGGGUGGCGACCAGCAGCAACACCAGGGCAAGGUGACCAAGGACGGCGUGGUGCUGGACCCGUCUGCGGUGGUGGACCGCCGCACCGAGGCGGAGAAGAAGGCGGAGGCGCACUACCUCAAGUACGAGGAGCAGCGCGCCAAGAAGGCGGCCUCCAAGAGCCACCGAGAGCGCAUCAAGGACCUGAACGAGAAGCUGGCCAACCUGACAGAGAUAUUCAGGAUCAGUUACACGGCUUGA